CUGGAAUCUUCCUUGCGUAUUUCUUCAGAAUCCGGGAUUUCGGCGUCCUGCCUCGAGGCCGAUAUCAUCGAGGUCUGACAUGACAUUCGGCCGUUGAUCCCCUACAUGUUCUCUGGCACUGUAGGCAAGCGCAGCGCUCGAAGUCGGUGAGGGAUGCUGCAGGUCAAGCAUGACCGAACAUAUUCUGAACUUUUCAGGCCGGAGCAACGCACGGUACGGAUUGAAAUCUGGCGGGACAUCCUCCAAGCAUGUCGAUUUUGAGACCACUCGUGUUGUGUUUCAAUGCUGCUGUCCACGAAGUUGACUUCAAGUUCCCCUGUUGCUCGCCUUUGCGGAAUAUUCGAGAAUUCGAACCACGUCGCCCGCUGACGGCCGUGGGAGUUGUCAACGUUGAACGAGGGAUUUGUCAGCUGAUCGACCAAUCUGUGCCCCCGAACUCCAGUGUGGCGCUCGCGAUCUCAGAUGCAACGUGCCCGACGCUCUUCCGUUCCCACUCGCACCCACAAAAUCAAACAAGGAAAACGCAUGUAUCGGACUUAUCGUCAUCAAGACAUGUGCACUGUCAGGGUUCACGCGGGCCGUCCGUUAUAAGAACAUCGUGGGUGGGAUGAAAGGCACCUUCCGUGGUUCCUUCGCCCCGUCCCAACACGCUGGUCUCGACUGCUCCAAGGGGCCACACCUAUUGUGUUUCUCUCGCUCUGUAGAAUCGUAGCCGAUCUGCACGACAAGCACCAUGUACGCGUGGUUCAUCCACCGCUUCCGCCGCAACAGGACGGCAGCGGCGCCAGUCGCACCACCCCACAUCGUGCAUGCGAACAUGCCUCCGUAUGCACUGAUUCCGAUGCCUGUGCCGCCGAUACCACACUGGAGCGGAAACGGGCACGCCCACCAAGCGCAGCCACCACCACCGAUUCCCGUCCAAUGGAGCCGUCCGCCGGAGCCCACUGUCCACGCCCAGCCGAAGCACAGAAGGUCUGGCUGGCACCAUCAGCCACGGCACAAUGCGCGCGUCAGCGGUGCCGCAGCGCAUCGAUAUCCUGAUCACCCCCGCCCACAAACGCUGCCCCCGUCACAGGUUCCAUCUGACGUAUCGGCCGAGCCCGGCACUCGAGCAGUUGGGCGCUUCCAACACGUGAUGUAUCCCGUUGGGUCGGUUCCGAUCCAGAUUGCACGAGGUGGGGAAACAUUCGCGCGAGUGGCGCAGCCGCGGAAGAGGGAGAAGGGAAUGCGGCGGGUCCUGGAUCCGAUGCAAGCAACACGCGAUGUGGUGGCGGAGCAUCACCCGGUCUCUGCGUCUACCCCCAUGUCCGGCGUGGAACCACCCAGGAGGGACAAAGGGAAGCAGCGGGCUGUCGUUCCUGCGCCGGAUUCGGACUACGCCAGUCGAGAUGUUGCCGAGGAUCUCGGGCAAACGUCCCGAUCUGCGGCCCAGUCUAGCGUGGAGCAGCGGAGGUGGGACAAGGAGAAACAGCGAGCCGUCGAUCCGAUGCCCAACUCCGCCCGGGAGGGCUACAACGCUGCAGGCAUGCCACCGCCGAUGGCAGGACGAAGCAGAGAGCGGGAGAGAAGGAGCUCGCGUGAGCAGUCGGUCCCUCUUGUGCAGGAUGGCGCACAGAUUCCGCCGAUACAACGGAGUCUGGGAACAUAUCCACGAGGGAUACUCCGGCCGUCAGGGUCGUCCCAUCCCGCCGCUCAGACUCGCGCUCGGCCGCCCGAACCUAUACAUCCCAACGACGCAUGGGGUGGGCCGGCUGACAGGGUGGACUACGCGACGAACAAAACACGACAUCCGGAGGGCUACGAGCGGUUUCAACCACCAAAUUAUGUUGCGCUUGCAUGGCCGUUGGACAAGUUCAUCGAACACCCCGACAAUCCCGAGGACUGGAAGCCCCAGCUCCAGUGGGACAUCGGACACGACCCGGGCGACCCAGCUAACGUCUGCACAAAUCGUGACCACACCGCCGAAUGGUUCCCGAUGCAGGAGGACUACCGCAGCAUGCCGGUCUCCCCGCUGCUUGUUGUGACGGAGAUGACGAUCGACUGUCCGCGGGUGGGAAGGAUCUACGUGCGCACCGGCGAGCUGUUGCGCGUCAUCGACGUGUUCAAGGCGAUCUACGACGUGUACCAUCCGUGCACCGGGAUCCUGGAGCCGCUGAUGCACUCGGACCCCUGGAUCAACAGCCACAAUAUGUUCUUUACGUGGUGGUCGCGGUGUGAGAACACGGAGGAUCGCGCAAAGGAGGUCGAGCGGGGCCUGCGGGAGGUUGAUCUGCUGGAGGAUAUCCGUAUGUUUGUCGGUCUGGAGCAAGUCGGGGAUCGCGAGUGGAAGCUGUUGUUGACGAAGGUCUGGGCUUGGCGCCGGAAGCCACCGGGUCAGUAUCAAACGACGCUGUAAAUGACGCUGUAAAUGAUUUCAUUGGGUGCAUCGCGUAGAUAUAUUUUCUGUCUGGGCUGUCCUACAACUUAUGUUGUUUUGACUGGCUUUUCGAUCAAUUAUGUAUCGAUCUCAAAUCAGCCCAGAGUUCUACAUCCUGGCUACUCGGGGAAAGCGGAGAGUUUGCACGUGAUUCUAGAGUAACUUCACGAGGGACAUACCCGUUACCUUGGAGAAUCCAACAAAAUCCUGGAUACAAUCAUACCGCCGUGCGUGCUAAGUAACUAACCCCCGUGACCGCCAUGGACUCUUCUCAGAUGGGGAUAGAUACCCAGUUUCCCAUCUCCAUCGCGGAAAGUCUCCAUACAAAUCCAGCAAAUGUGCGUCCGACAAAGCACACACUGCAUGUGAUUGCAGCCCCCGUCCUUCUCGAUAUCAGCAUGGCAGUUCGGGCACUGCUUGACCUCGUGCUCGGCUCGCCACUGAUUCAGCAGAGCGGUGUUGCCGGUGAGAUUGUCUUUGUGUUCGGCGCAGGUGAGGUCAUCGUGCCACUCGAUUUUGCAGGUGGUGCAGAUGCGCGCGAGACACGACGGACAUUGGAUCGCUGCGUUCUCCUCGUCCGAGUCGAUCCCGAUCGGGUAGACCAUCUGGCAGUCGGCCGACGGACAGUACUGGAAUUGUUGCGGACGAGUGUUGAUGUGUGUCAGAAACGAGGUCAGAAGAAGCUCGUCUUCGGCGCCUGCAUCGAGCAGAGACCGGAUCGUUCGGUACGGUAUGGCGUGGCUGCAUGGGAUCGAUUUGCCGCCGUCAGAAAAGCUCCCUGCGACGCAAAGCCGAGGAGUAAAUUCAGUGCCGCUUGCGGGCUUGAUGUAAUGUUGGAUGCAGGUCCGACAGUAGGCAUGUCCGCAAUCGAGCUGCACCGCAUCCUCUAUGUCGCAGAGACACACGGGGCAGCUGAGGUCCAAGAUGGGUCCUGCGUCUUUCGCAAUGGUCCCAUCCAGAGCAUUCAGCGCCGUGCGCAAUCGGCCGACGUGGCCCGCAUCUCCAUCAAGCAUGAUCUUGAGAGCGACGACAUCGAGAACGAGUCGUUCCUGUUGCGGGUCCACGGCAGUCUGCAGCUGCUUCAGGUCGCCCCUGAGAAGGAUCCGAAUCAACUCGCGUUUCAGCGGAAUCUCGUGUCUCUGCGCUUUCAGUUUUGCGACUUUCUGCUCAAUCAACUUGCGUGCGCGAGCCCUUUCUUCCUCAGAUCCGAACAUCCGAGCAGUGCGGGUCCGCGGGUCACAUCGAACGAAGACACCGUGGUGGAGGUACAUGUCCUCGAUGAACUGGAGUCCGGUCUGUGUCUCGAAGAAAGGGACCCAGAACUUGGAUCCGUCUUGGAUGAGCAGCUCUCCCUGCACGAUCCGGUCCACCUCGCUCUUGACCUUAGCAAGUCGCUUCGAGUCGGUGCUAUGCAGGACCAGGACAACCGGAUCCGAGUGCUCCGCUUCUCCGAGAUAGUACUUGAUCAUCUCAGGAUACACACCCGCCAGCAAAUCCACCGGCCCGCGGAUUUUGGCGAACAGAGUCGCGGGGAUCCGGUUGUAUUUGACGGACAGAGUGCGCUCGAUGAAGAAGGGCGAUUUGCCGAAGAACGCGGGCGGGUUGGGACGCAAACCGGCUUCAGCGGCGGUGGCACCCGCUUCAGUGUGGAACUGGGCAAACGCAGACACCUUCGAGCUCGUCUUCGUCAUCGGCAAGACGUCCAGGGUAUCGACGGCCCCGAACCGCUCCAGCACAUCCAUCAGUUCGUAGUGCACGUUUUCUGGGCAUCGUGGAGGAUCAAAUCCAACGCUGUCGGCAUCACAGAAGCACUUCAGCGAUCGCUCGUCGACGUCCAUCGGCAGGUUGCGUAGCAUCACGGUGAACGAACGAGAAGGGACGGAGAUCACACUGGAAAACAUCCCUCCUCGAAUUCGGCGAGCGACAGCCUGAAUGGGCCGGUACGUCGCAGAAAUCGUAUGGCCACAAUAAACCUUGCCGUGCAGCUCUUCGCACUUGUUCUUUGCCGUAGCGUCGGACGAGUAGUUCGCAAACGCAGACAUCCGUCGUCCAUACCACGUCAGCUUGACUUUUCGGCCCCGGAAGAAUCCUCUCUCCUCAGCACCGCCCGUCACCGACAACUUUGCCCCCGUUCUCUCCAAUGCGCACACCAGGUUAGUCCCACCCUCCACCUCCCCGAAUGUGAUCCUUUCAAGUUCCCCGACGGCUGCCGCGGCGGCAGCGGGGUUGGUAAAGUCUGCAAUCGCAAUCGGAUGCGCGUCAGCUCCGAACCAUUGUAUUUGCAGUUGUGCACCGCCGUGAUUCGCCAACACCGUUGCGAUUUGAGCCGAAAUCUCUGCGUCGGUGAGCGAAGGGAUCCCGGAGACUCUGAUGCGACAGGCAUCGAAAGGCGUGACCACCUGAGUGACCGAGCCGCCUGCGCCGAAUGUGACGCUGCAAUUGUACAACACGCGUUCGGUGGUUUCGUGUGUCAGGUCGGAGCUGAUGGCAUCCGGAUGCUGCAAUUGUGUUCAGCCAAGGUGAUCAGAGUAAUGAUUGGAAGAAUCACAGACCGUGGACCCAGAGGGCGAUGUGGUGCGAUUGGAAAUGGGAGGAUGAGGACUGGAGCUGGGAUCAGGAUCGGGAGUGAGAUUGGGCCCCAACAGGGCAGGGCCCACUCUCCAA